AUGGUGCUGCCGCCUCCCGACCGGCGCCACGUGUGCCUGACCACGCUGGUGAUCAUGGGCAGUAUGGCAGUCAUGGACGCAUACCUGGUGGAGCAGAAUCAGGGCCCGCGCAAGAUCGGCGUGUGCAUAAUUGUGUUGGUAGGCGAUGUGUGCUUCCUGUUGGUGCUGCGCUAUGUGGCCGUGUGGGUGGGUGCCGAGGUGCGCACAGCCAAGCGUGGCUACGCUAUGAUCCUCUGGUUCCUCUAUAUCUUCGUGCUGGAGAUCAAACUCUAUUUCAUCUUUCAGAACUACAAGGCGGCGCGGCGUGGAGCGGCCGACCCGGUGGCUCGCAAGGCACUGACACUGCUGCUGUCAGUGUGCGUGCCAGGCCUGUUCUUGUUGCUCGUGGCACUAGAUCGCAUGGAGUAUGUGCGCACCUUCCGAAAGCGCGAGGACCUUCGUGGCCGCCUCUUCUGGGUGGCUUUAGAUUUGCUGGAUCUGUUGGACAUGCAGGCCAACCUCUGGGAGCCACCGCGCACCGGGCUGCCGCUGUGGGCCGAAGGCCUCACCUUUUUCUAUUGCUACAUGCUGCUGCUGGUGCUGCCCUGCGUGGCGCUCAGCGAGGUCAGCAUGCAAGGGGAGCACAUUGCACCACAGAAGAUGAUGUUGUACCCGGUACUCAGCCUCGCCACUGUCAAUGUGGUGGCCGUGCUAGCCCGUGCCGCCAACAUGGCACUCUUCCGAGAUAGCCGAGUCUCAGCCAUCUUCGUGGGCAAGAACGUGGUGGCAUUGGCCACCAAGGCCUGCACGUUCCUCGAGUACCGUCGCCAGGUUCGCGACUUUCCACCACCUGCGCUUGCGCUUGAGCUGCAGCCGCCUCCUUCUCAGCGCAACUCGGUGCCGCAGCCUCCACCACUGCAUGGUCCUCCAGUGCGCCCUCAUGGACCCUCACCCACUCGUGAUGCGUUGGACACGUGA